GACAAAGCGACUCUGACGAAUCUUGUGAGUGCUCUGCAGAAUAUUUCAGCAAAAUUUGACGCUUACGAUUUUGACCGGAACCGGCCAGUGAUGGACGAGAAGACCCUAGAUAACGUGGUGAAAGCUGUAGUGCAGCAGAGUCUGAAAGUUUUGGGGGAAAGAAAAAUUCCCGACAACGAUGCUAAACUCUCCUCCGCCGGCGUAGAAAAAUCUUUAUCGGUGACAUCAUCACCUCGUAGGAGGUCGCCACCGGAAAAGUCGGACAAAAGUCCAGUGGUAGAACCGCAGGCCCAGGAGGAGAAGUCUGUAAAAACUCCAGUGUCAGAACCGCGGCAGCAGAAAAAGCCUGUCAAAAGUCCAGAGCCGCCGCAGCAGAAAGAGAAGGCUAUCAAAAGUCCGGUGCCGCCGCAGCGGAAGGAGAAGGCUGUCAAAAGUCCGGUGCCGGCGCAGCAGAAACAGCAGAAGUCAGUCAAAAGUCCAGCGUUAGCUGAGACCCCUGCAAAGAAGAAUUCGGAGCUUGAGAAGGAUACAGUGGUGAGAAGGAUUUUGGGUGAAGAUUUUAAUGAAAUUGAUUUCAUCAGUGUUUCUCCUGCAAAGAUUACUAAGGAUGCUAAGGAUGGUAAGGAUGCCAACGUUCCAGCCUAUGGACGCGGCUUACGGGGCAAGGCCAAGCGUACUGUUACUGUAAAGGAUGAGGCUAUCGAGGAUAAGAAAAAAGCACAGCGGGCAGAGGCUGCGUUGAAGAGGAAGGAGAAGCAAGAGGCUAAGAAAAAAGAGAACGAGGAGAAGAAACAGAAGAGAAAAGCGGCUGAGUUACAAAAGAAACAAGAGGCUGGGUUACAGAAGAAAAAGAAGGAAGACGAGGCUGAGUUAACGAAAAAAAAGAAGGAAAAAGAGGCUGAGUUACCGAAGAAGAAGAAAGAAGAAGAGGCUGAGUUACAGCGGUCUGCGGAAUGUGUUGUGACCAACGACGAAGUUCUUGCGGAAGAUAACGCAUUGGCGGCGGAGUCUGAUGUCGAGCCAGCUGAAUUGAUUAGAUUUUCCGUGAUAAAGGAACUUCGGGAGAAAUCAGUUAAGUUAUCUCCACAAGGGUUUUCAUUGACGAACCUUGAUUCAGCACCAGAUUUUCCGUACAUUGGAGACAAUGGACAGACGACUUGCAUGAGGAAGAACAUUACGCCUUCAUCAGUAAUAUACGACCCUUGCGCACCUGUUGAUCCGGCGCGACUGGAAAAACUGAAGCAACACAUUAAGGCAAUUCCACCCAAACCACCAGCACCUAAAGAUAAACCAGAAGAACCCUCAGCUGAUCAUGAGAGUGACUUCUACAGCAUACUCAUGCAUGAAAGACUGUGGGCUGACAAAGAAUAUGGAUGGGUGUUUGAUAAUCAUAUCGCUGCGUAUAUGAACGUCCUCAUACAAAGGUCCAUGCGAGAUCCCACUCCAUUCUGGUCCAAGCGGAUUGGUUUCAUAGACCCUUGGUUGUUAAGUUCUUGGGCUUCCCUCGAUUACAGGCAGUUCAAGAUGAAACCUGCUUCGUUCAAGUUCAAAGACUGUGGUUAUGAAGCGUUGGUAAACGGGAGAUUCCCCGAAGAAUUUGCAACAAACUUGAAGUGGUAUGCAGAUGUGGAUCACGUGUACGGAUGUCUUCAAACCGGCGGUAAUCACUGGGUGGCGUUUCACGUGGAUCUGAUCAAGGAGAAGAUAGAUUGCUACGAUCCAAUCUAUGGAGAGUCAACACCCGAAAGUGAGCAAAAAAGGCUAAAUGCUUUUAGACCUCUACUGGAGAUGCUUCCCUGGAUGUUGAAUGAGCUUAUUCCUGCCGAUCUCCGAAAGCAUUCUAGGAAGAGGUUCACAUUCAGACGGAAGAGCAAAAGAUACAUUCCACAAAACAACAUGUCAGGUGAUUGUGGGGUUUAUUCGUUGAAGUUUGUGGAGUGUCUAGCGCUUGGUGUAACUUUUGAUGGCAUAAACGAUAGUAAUAUUCAAGGGUUACGGGUGAAGAUGGCAGCAGAUAUCCUCGAGGAAGGAGGAAAUGUUGGAAUGAACAAUUUGUUUUCAUAAUGAAACUGUGUUUGUUUGUGAACCUGUGUUUGUUGUUAUGUUAACUAUUUGACUUUGGAUAACUGCUGUAAUAACUCAGUCGUAUCGAUUAGUAAUACUCAGCCAGUACUCAUUGAUAACUCAGUCAUACCUCAAACAUACCCUAGAAUCAAAAUAAUUAAUAAUUUUUCAUUCGAAUGUUAUAUAUAAAGUCCAAUUAUCAAAAUAAUUAAUAAUAACUCAAUGUGUGAGCAUGAUCUUUGUUGACUAUACGAGUUUGGAAUCGAUUAUAAUCUUGAGGUAUAUGUUGUCUCUUAUGAGUACCUAAAACUCUAGGCAGUGAUAUGAGGUGUGAGCAUGAUUCAAAACACGUAAACUGUUAUUGUGUUAUUUAUUAUGAAUUUGUGAUAUUUAUCAUAUCUUGUGGUUCGUACAUCAUAAAUCAUAACCCUAAACAAUCUUAUUCGGAACCCAAACCCUAAAUAACUAAACCCUAUACCCUAAACGGCAAACAACAAAUCAGCCGUAAAGGUCUUAAUAACUCAGCCUGUUAGUGUAAGUUAAUAUUUACAUAUGGCGCGAAAAUUUUAGAUAUUUUAUCUCGCGACCUUUAAUGUUCUAUACUUCCCCUAUAUAUAGCCCCUUCUCUUGCACCUUCUCGCCUUAUCUCACUAGAAAACCUAAACAAUAUCUCUAUAUCGCCUUACAAAGUUAUGAUUGUUCCUGGUUAUUCAGAAAGGUUAGAGAACAGAGUCAAUGAGAUACUAAACUCUGAAAAUCGUGAAAACCUUCCCGUUCUAUACCCUGGCCCGGGUGUCUUGCUUGACAGCGUAAUCUGGUUUAAAUUUCUAAGCGAUCUCUCCCUGGCCAUCCCGUCGAUUUUAGCAGAAGGAUGGGUUCAUGAUUGGCCGACAUGGCGCGCCAUUCCCGAUCAUUUUAAGGAACGCUGGUUUCUUCAACUCGUUGUAAGGACAACAUCUUUGAAUUGUUUUUGAUAUUAGACAUAAUAACAGCACUUACAUUUGGAAAUUGGUUUUUUUGUUGUAGCGCAAACGCACGUGGGCACGAAGAUAUAAUUUUCAAGUUUGGACAAAUUUUAAUCUGGUGGCCAGAACGGUGUUUCGUUGUCAGAUGCGCCUCUUGAAGAGGAGGUGGGCACAUGGGGGUGAGAAGCCUGCGUGGAUGCUAACUAGAGUUUGGCGUGAUCUUGUCCACAUGUUUGAAGAAUUUGGUCCUGAUAAUUUUGGUUUUAGAAAUUGAUUUGUUGUUUUUGUUUGUAUUCAGCCGUCAAGUUUUUGUAAAGUUGUUUAACUCAGCCGUUAAGUUUCUAUAAAGUUGUUUAACUCAGCCAUUAAGUUUCUAUUAAGUUGUUUAACUCA